GACGACCUCACACUCGCCAUGGAAACGCACGUUCGAGGGGGGUCUGGCGACGCGGGCAAGGAGGUGCAGACGCACGCCGACCGCACCAAGCAGAUGUUCGCGCUGUCGCAAGCCAUUUGGCUGGAAGGAAACGAUGAAGGUGGACCCGACUCGGAGGCCAGGAACAGGUUCCGCGAGCUAUCCGCCAAGGAUCCCGUGACGGACCAUAAGCGGGCGAGGCAAGCCGCCAUCGACUCGCGGGUCCGAGGCGACAAAGGACAGGAUAGACGAACCACGCACAGGGACGAGCGAAGCCCCGAG